AUUCAAUAUAUUUUUUAGCGAUUGUUCAUCUUCCACCGCCCGUUAUAUUUGGACUUUAUUAUGAACUAAAAGCCCGUAAAGUCUCUCUAGUUGGGUUGGUUCAUCCUAACAAGGCCCAUGGGCUCUAUGGCAACUCUCACUUGAAACUUGCGAUGGAAGAAUCCUCUUUUCGUAAUUAGUGGCUAUACUAAGGGUAAGUUCCCGCGAUGUUCAACUACGACAUCGUAUAAAGGCCUUCGUGCCCAAUGUUUCCUGUGAAUUCGAAGUACAGAAAUUUUGACAGAAGUUUUUUUUCCCGCGCUCUGUGAAUUCUCCAAUCCAUGGCUCCUAAAGCAGAUAACACUGAAGGAAUCGUGCUCAAUUUCGUAAACGAGCAAAAUAGACCAUUGAAUGUCCAAAAUGCGGCAGAUGCACUGCAAAAGUUUAACCUUAAAAAAGCUGCAGUACAAAAGGCGCUUGAUAAUCUCUGUGACAGUGGUAAGAUAUCAUUUAAAGAGUAUGGCAAGCAGAAAAUCUAUCUGGCUCGGCAAGAUCAGUUUGACAUCCCAGAUACGGAAGAGCUUAAUAGAAUGAAGGAAGAAAAUGCCAAUCUACAAGAAAAGCUGAAUGAACAGAAGAAAGCUAUCAGUGAGGUUGAAGCAGAGAUGAAGUCUCUGCAGUCAAAUUUGACUAUGGAAGAGAUACAUGCUAAAGAAUCCAAACUGAGAAAAGAGGUUGAUGAGAUGGAAAAGAAGCUAAUUAAAUUGCGGGAAGGUGUUACUCUUGUUAGUCCAGAAGAAAGAAAAGCCAUCGAGGGGUUGUAUUCGGAAUCCUUAAAUCAGUGGAGAAGGCGAAAAAGGAUGUUCAGAGAUGUAUGGGAUGCCAUAACUGAGAACUCGCCCAAAAAUCCAAAAGAGUUUAAGGAGGAACUUGGAGUUGAAUAUGAUGAGGAUGUUGGUGUGAAUUUUCAGUCUUUUGCUGACCUGAUCCAGCAUGGCAAGAAGCGUCGCUAGAGGCUAGUGAUUUAUUUACGUGUUACAUUUUACCGCUUGAGUAUACUUGAUCAGGUGUUGUAUGAGUAUAUAUUUGUAGACUUCGGAAUUGUGUUAUCUUUGCCAUUUUGUAAUGUUAAUCUGCUUUUCUAAGACCUCUUGUCUAUUUUACUCUCAUCACUACUGCAAGUUGUCUUAGGUUCAAAAGACAACUGAAAAUAGUAUAGAAGUUAGACAGUAGAGGACUAAAUGUACAGAAACUCUGGCGUUUUACUUCUU